GGAAGUCAGCCGUACGGCAGCCGGCUUGGGCCAGAAACCCUGCGGUCUUCAGCAGUCUACCCGGCGGCGAAUGAGUGGGUUCUGACCGAGCUCACGCUAGGCGGACGCGGGCUUGUGGCUGAGUGGGGAGGCCUGGCCGGCAUGGAGGACGACGCGCCGGUCAUCUACGGGCUGGAGUUCCAGGCACGUGCUCUCACACCUCAAACUGCAGAAACAGAUGCUAUUCGGUUUUUGGUUGGGACACAGUCACUUAAAUAUGAUAAUCAGAUCCACAUCAUAGAUUUUGAUGAUGAAAAUAACAUUAUAAAUAAAAAUGUUCUCCUCCAUCAAGCUGGUGAGAUCUGGCACAUCAGUGCCAGCCCAGCAGAUAAAGGCGUGCUGGCCACCUGCUACAACAAAACUUCAGACAGUCGAGUCCAGGCGUGUGCAGCUGUGUGGAGGAUGCCCAAGGAAUUGGAAUCCGGCGGCCAUGAGUCCCCUGACGACUCUGCCAGCACUGCGCAGACCCUGGAGCUGCUCUGUCACCUUGACAACACUGCCCAUGGCAACGUGGCCUGUGUCACGUGGGAGCCGAUGGGUGAUGGGAAGAAAGUAAUUUCCCUGGCCGACAACCACAUCUUGCUGUGGGACCUGCAGGCCAGCUCAAGCCAGGCUGUGCUGGCCAGCUCGGCAGCACUGGAAGGAAAAGGGCAGUUGAAGUUCACUGUGGGCCGGUGGAGCCCACACCACAACUGUACUCAAGUGGCCACAGCAAGUGACACCACCCUGCGAGGCUGGGACACACGGAGCAUGAGCCAGAUAUACUGCAUAGAGAAUGCCCACGGGCAGCUGGUGCGUGACCUCGACUUCAACCCCAACAAGCAGUACUACCUAGCCAGCUGUGGAGACGACUGCAAGGUGAAGUUUUGGGACACCCGGAAUGUCAGCGAGCCUGUGAAGACUCUGGAAGAGCACUCCCACUGGGUGUGGAGCGUCCGCUACAACCACUCUCAUGACCAACUGGUCCUCACUGGCAGCAGCGACAGCAGAGUCAUCCUAUCUAACAUGGUGUCCAUCUCCUCAGAGCCCUUUGGCCACCUGGUGGAUGAUGAUGACGUCAGCGACUCAGAGGAGCACCAUGCUGAAGAAAAGAGUAAGGAGCCCCUGCAGGACAAUGUCAUUGCCACCUACGAGGAGCAUGAAGACAGCGUGUAUGCAGUGGACUGGGCCUCAGCUGACCCCUGGCUGUUUGCUUCCCUGAGCUACGAUGGGAGACUAGUCAUCAACAGAGUCCCCAGGGCGCUAAAGUACCACAUACUGCUCUAGUGGCUCCUGGCACUGUGGUUGGUACUUGGCAGAUUCUCAGAAAUCUGCAGCUAUGGAGGUAAUUCCUUUUGCACAGAUCCCUCUAUGGGAGAACAAGCAUUGCCCUCCUCAUGGGCUCCUAGGACUAGGGUAGAGCUGCUGUCAGCUGCUCACCCGAUGCUCUCAACACACUGCUCAACACAGGUGGGAGCUGUGCUGGGUUCAGCUCCCAUUGCUGUAUGAACUGGCAGCUGCCCAAUCCCUGUUCAGUAUCUGUUUUCUGUACUAAGGGCAUUGGGAAUUUAACUUCUUGCCAAUCUGUUCCCACCUCUUUAACUUGCCUUUCUCCUGAGAAUACAUAAUAAAAUAAAGUAAAUGAGGGUACAUACACAGCCUCCUCCUUUCUAAGUCUCUGCCCCUCUGAGAAA